AUGUCCGAGUUGCGUGGUUCUCCGCAACUAUCUAGGGCUGCGUUGGAGAAUGGUUUUGGGGCUCCGCUGGCUGCCUUAAGCUCUCUGGCUGAAGCACCUCCACCAGCACCAAACCCGCAUGGGAUAGACCAUAUAUUAUCACGGCCAGCUGUUGGUUCAAACGUUGGUGCUGGUUUACUGACUCCAAGAUUAUCUUUAGCGGCGGCCGCGGCGGGAAUGGCACACUAUCUCCAGCACAAACCAUUAUACUGGCCGGGCUUUCAAGGACUUGUUUCUAAUCCUAUGGCGUGGAGGGAGAGGCUACAAACAAUGAGCAACGGUGCGCUAAGCGCCUGCGCAGGGCAGGGCGGUAUGGACAAGGACGGAAAGAAGAAACACACGCGGCCCACCUUCAGUGGACAGCAGAUAUUCGCUUUGGAGAAGACCUUCGAGCAGACCAAAUACUUAGCUGGCCCUGAAAGAGCAAAGCUUGCCUAUGCUCUUGGCAUGACAGAAUCACAAGUUAAGGUGUGGUUUCAAAACAGAAGAACAAAAUGGCGGAAAAAGCACGCCGCGGAAAUGGCGACGGCUAAACGCAAACAAGAGGAGCUUGGGGACGAGUGUGACGAGCAAGAAUCCCACGAUGCGGACGCCUGUAGUGACGAAGAUGACGCCAAACGACCGCGUCUUGACCUCCACAUGCAUCUGCCCCACCACCGGCAGUGAUCGCCCCAAGGCGCGGAAGCUUUGCCCCCCCGCGCCUACCAAACUGACUACAGAGACAACAGUGCUAGUGUUCACGAAUACUAUUACAAUUACGAUUACAAAGACGUGGACGCACCCUGUGAUCUUUCUAAUUACGAUAGAGGCCGCUACGAAAAGGGUCAAAAAAGUGACACAGUGGAUAGUGAUGUUAACGAAUCGGAUGAACCCAUUAAUUUUGCGUAUUAUCACUUUUGAAUGAACUGGUUUCGUUGAAUAAGUGACAAUUGUCACGUAUGUUCUGUUAAGCAUUGACUUUGAAUCUAUACCUACUUCUGAAUAUUAUUUGCUUCCUCUAGUUCGAUAAAAUAUUGAACGCACACCAUAAGAACU